GAGGUUUUGUGGUGAACACUUUCCCCACUAUCUUUAUCUCGUCUGUUCUUUCCAUAAGUAAAGAACUACAGAGCAAAUUGGCUGGCAUCGCAAUUUACAUAGAUCUGCCUAAAUCUGACGACUUCUUGAGAGACAAAUCUGGUUUCAAGAGUUACUGAAGAGACGAACUAUGGAUGAGAAGCUCAUUCAAAGGCUGGAAUCAGCGGUUACGCGGCUUGAGUCAUUAUCAACUGGAUUCACCUCUAGAAGUUUGAUCGAAAGCGAUGCAGAUGUUGAUUCUGGAGCAUCCGAUCCUUCUAUUGUUGCAUUUGAUGAAUUUAUAGCACAGAAUGUCGGUAGGGUUUCAUCUGCUGCGGAGAAAAUCGGAGGGCAAGUUCUUGAAGUCACGAAAGUUCUUGCUGAAGCAUUUUCUGUUCAGAAAGAUCUUCUUGUCAAGAUUAAGAAAACUAAGAAACCUGAGAUGGCGGGAUUAGCUGAGUUUCUGAAUCCAUUAACUGAAGUCAUGACGAAAGCCAAUGCAAUGACACAAGGAAGGCGCUCAGACUUCUUCAACCACUUAAAGACUGCUGUUGACAGUCUAUCAGCUUUGGCUUGGAUUGCCUACACUGGCAAAGAUUGUGGUAUGAGUAUGCCAAUUGCUCAUGUGGAGGAGAGUUGGCAAAUGGCUGAAUUUUACAACAACAAGGUUCUUGUGGAGUACCGGAAUAAAGAUGCAAAUCACGUGGAAUGGGCAAAAGCUGUAAAGGAGCUUUACGUUCCUGGUCUAAGGGAUUAUGUAAAAAGUCACUAUCCACUAGGUCCUGUUUGGAGUGCCACAGGUAGCAAUAAUACUGUAAAUGCUCCACCAAAAGCUCUUUCAUCACCUGCACCUGCAGCUCCCAAACCUCCACCUGCAGCACCCAAACCUCCUCCAGCUUCACUCUUUAGUUCUGAAUCUACGCAGUCAUCUUCAUCACGACCAAAGGAAGGAAUGUCUGCUGUUUUCCAAGAGAUUAGCUCAGGCAAACCAGUGACUUCAGGCUUACGAAAGGUUACUGCUGAUAUGAAAGCUAAGAACCGUUCAGACAAAACUGGCGUUGUUAGUGCUGGUGAAAAAGAGACUCGCACUAUUUCAUCCUCUUUCUCUAAAGCAGGACCUCCAAAGCUAGAACUUCAGAUGGGUCGUAAGUGGAUAGUUGAGAACCAAAUUGGAAGAAAAAGUUUAGUCAUUGAUGAUUGUGAUGCAAAGCAGACAGUAUACAUCUAUGGAUGCAAAGAUUCCGUGUUACAGAUCCAAGGUAAAGUUAACAAUAUCACAAUUGAUAAAUGCACUAAAAUGGGGGUUGUGUUCAAGGAUGUGGUGGCUGCUUGUGAGAUUGUCAAUUGUAAUGGUGUGGAGGUGCAAUGUCAGGGUAGUGCUCCAUCUAUUUCAGUUGACAAUACUUCAGGAUGCCAGGUUUAUUUGAGCAAAGGAUCCCUAGAGGCUUCUAUAACUACAGCCAAGUCCAGUGAAAUUAAUAUACUCGUUCCAGGGACCAAGCCAGAUGAUGAUUGGGUUGAGCAUGCAUUGCCACAGCAGUUUAUUCAUGUAUACAAGGAAGGGCAAUUUGUUACAACUUCAGCUUCACACUCUGGAGGUUAAUAAUCUGUAUGUCUACUUCUUCUGGUAUUAUAUGAGUUUGUUCAUUCAACUAAUAUAUAUUUUACUUUGAAAAUUUCUUCAUCAUUGAGGGAGGGGCUUGUGUUUUUUUUUUUUUUAUCUGUUUGGUUCAAAUUUUAUGUUCAUUGAUUUUCUUGAACAUCUCCUCCAAUUUUGUGUGUUUUUUGGAGGAUGAAUGUUUGAUUUGGGUUGGUGUGUAUUAUCUAUGUAUUUGUGGUAUGUCAUGCACUUCCUCUGGUAUAUUGAUUCAAUAUUAUUUGGGAUUUGGUUGUUUGUUUCAA